AUGUCAGUCGAAGAAACAACCUCGGAAGUUAUAUUAACGCAUCCAGAUAACAACAAAACUUUUGUUAAAAUCUUGAAAUAUGGUGCAACAGUGUUUUCAUGGAGUUUGAACGGUCAAGAACAGCUGUGGUUGUCUUCAGCGGCCAAACUAGAUGGUUCAAAACCUGUCCGUGGUGGUAUUCCACUGGUUUUCCCCGUUUUUGGUAAAAACCAGGACGAUGAAGACCUCAGCAAAUUACCCCAGCACGGACUGGCCAGAAAUUCCACUUGGGAGUUUCUUGGUCAAGUUAAAGCCAACCCGCCCACGGUGCAAUUCGGGCUAGGUCCUGAGAUAGCAAACCCUGAAUUGAGCAAGCUAUGGCCAAUGGAUUACUCUUUGAUUUUAACUGUGGAAAUGGGGUCGGAGCACUUAAAAACCCAUAUUGAGGUGAGCAAUACUUCGAGUGACCAACAACUCAAGUUCAACUGGCUCUUUCAUACGUAUCUAAAGAUCGACGAUAUCGAAGAUACCAUGGUAUCCAAUUUGAGUGGGACGAAACUCUUCGACCAAAUGCUACAGGAAUCCUAUGUGGAUAAACAACCUGUCGUUACCUUUCACGAAGAGCUGGACAGGAUUUACCAAAAGGUCGAAGACGAUCGGUUAGUCCAGGUAAUCGAUAAAGGCCACCCGGUUCACACUAUCAAAAGACACAAUCUACCCGACGCUGUGGUGUGGAAUCCUUGGGUAGAAAAAUCCAAAGGAAUGGGUGAUUUUGAACCAAAGGACGGCUUCAAGGAAUUGGUGUGCGUUGAGCCCGGUUAUGUCCACGAUUUCGUCAAACUACAACCGGGUCAAUCUUGGGAGGCUUACCAAUUACUUUACAAGGACAAGCUAAACUACCAAGUGUUGUGA